CUUCGAUUUGCGAAGCUCUCCCUAACCCACGUCCACCACUCCAAGCCUCCACUGAACUGGGCUUUCACACUCACUCACUCACUCACUCGCUGCUCCUCUCCCACCUUCCCUACCCUUCCCCUUCCUCUUCUUUUAUUUCUUCUGCUCCUCUUUCCACCUCUCCCAAUCUCUUUCCAUCCUCCACUCCUUCAUUUCCCUUCCAGCUCUUCUCAGGCUUUUCGAUCUUCAGACCUUCACUUAAUCUCCCUUAUCUUUCUUAUUCCUUCUUCCCAUAUCUAGAACCUUCUGUGUGUUCAUCCCUCGAGUGUAACCCAGAUCCAUCCUUCUCUCAUCUGAAACCCCUGACACCCCCCAUUUUCAACCCCCCCCCCCCCCACGCCACCUGGUGGUUCAAUCUGGCCGGCACCAUUCCGUCCAAAGGGGAGGAGGACUUCCUCACGCUGGCCGCCUCUCGCCUCAGCCACAGGAAGCGCGUCAUCGGGGCGGCUGUGGGCGUGGCCAUGGUCCUGGUGCUCCUGGUCGCCAUCCCCCUUUUGGUCCACACCACGAAAGGGGGCAGCGCCGGGGGUGCGGGCGGGACCCACUACGAGAUGCUGGGCAGCUGCAGGAUGGUGUGUGACCCCUACACCCCGCCUCAGGGCAGCCAGGAGCUGGCGGCCGUGUCACCGGCACCCCCAGACCUCACCGGGAGGCGUGGGAAGUCAGGGUACAGGGGGGCGCCGGGGCUCCCCGGCCCUCCGGGCCCCCGAGGACCACCCGGAGAGCCUGGGAAACCGGGUCCCCGGGGGCCCCCCGGCCCGGGGCCAGGCGGGUACGUCCCCUCCUUCUACAGCCCCAAGAUCGCCUUCUACGCCGGCCUGCGCAAGCAGCACGAGGGCCACGAGGUGCUCAAGUUCGACGACGUUGUCACUAACGUGGGCAACUACUACGAGCCCAGCACCGGCAAGUUCACCUGCCCCCUGCCCGGCAUCUACUACUUCACCUACCACGUGCUCAUGAGGGGCGGGGACGGCACCAGCAUGUGGGCGGACCUGAAGAAGAACGGCCAGGUGCGGGCGAGUGCCAUCGCCCAGGACGCCGACCAGAACUACGACUACGCCUCCAACAGCGUGAUCCUGCACCUGGACGUGGGGGACGAGGUGUGUGUGCAGCUGGAUGGAGGAAAGGUCCACGGGGGCAACACCAACAAAUACAGCACCUUCUCUGGCUUCCUUAUCUACCCUGACUGACCACAGCCCUCCCUGACCAUAGCCUAACCCCCUAUACACUCACACCCCAGGCCCUGACCCCCUAUACACUCACACACCAGGCCCUGACCCCCUAUACACUCACACCCCUUCUUCUGGCCCUGACCCCAACCCUCCGUGACCACAGCCUAACCCCCUAUACACUCACACCCCAGGCUCUGACCCCCUAUACACUCACACCCCAGGCCCUGACCCCCUAUACACUCACACCCCAGGCCCUGACCCCCUAUACACUCACACCCCAGCCCUGACCCCCUAUACACUCACACCCCAGGCCCUGACCCCCUAUACACUCACACCCCAGCCCUGACCCCAACCCUCCCUGACCAUAGCCUCACACUCCUGACUCCUCCCCCAAACACACCUCCACUCACUGAGACUGCUGGAAAGAGGCAGAGCUACAUACAUACCGGUUACACUAAAUGACAAGUUUUUUGUUUUUUUUCCGCGAAUGUUAAAGAACUGGGGCCUGGGAAAUAAGAAUGUAUUUUUUUAAAAAGAGAGAGGUAUAAUGUAGGUGGGUUUUAUUAAAUGGAACUACUGCAGAGAUUGGAGAUGACCUGGGCUAAACUGGAUUGUAAACAUUAGGGAGUUGUUUACAAGGCAUAUGUGAGGGUGACCAAACCAUUACCUCCAUAAAUCAAAUUCAUUCAUUGACCUCU